AUGGAUAGCUCAUUUAAAAGAGCAAGUUUUAAGCUUCCACCUGGUGUAAAUAUAGAUAAUAUAAAUGAAAUGAACAACAAUAAUAUGAAUACAGCACCAGCACCAGCCCCAGCACCAAUACCAACCCCACAACCAACCACAACUACAACCACAGCACCACAAAGAAAAGUUACUUUUGGGUCAAGAGUUAGAGCACAGGAAAUUAAUGCAACACCAACACCUACAACACCAGCACCAGCACCUACAACAACACCAAGCGAAAAUGAUACAGCUAAAAAAGAUGAUUUCGAUUUUGAUCCUGUGCCAGUAUCUAGACCAAGAGCAACUAGAGCUGCAACUAUGAUCCCUUCAAAUAUGUUAGGAGAUAAAAGACCAAUUCGUCCACUUGGUAAAGGAUUCAUUGGAGCUGAUAGACAAACACCAAAACCAGAAACAGAUAAUAAUAAUAAUGGUAAUAACAAUAACAAUAACAAUAAUAAUGACAAUAAUAAUAAUAAUAAUAAUAAUGAUGAUGAUGAUGAGGAUGAGGAUGAUGAUGAAUAUUCAAAUGUUAGUGCACCAUCAUGGAAUUCAGUAUUAUCAAAAGCAAAAACCAAUACAAUGAAUAGUAGAAAGAGAAGUGGUAUGAUACAUGAUUUUGUAGAUGUAAAUAUUAAAAAUGAUAGUGGUGGUGAAAAUAGUGCAAAUACAACCUCUGAGGAUGGUUCAUCAUCAAGAAGAGGUACAUUGAGAAAAGCAAUUGUAAUUGGUACACAUAAUCCUCAACCACAACAAGAGGAUGAUGUUGAAGAAACAACAUCAAGAAUAUCAUCAUUGGAUUUAGCAAAUGUUCAAAGACCAAGACCACAAUAUCAUACAAUCGAUCCAGCAUCAAUUCCACAAUGGAAAAAGAACAACGAAGAUUUGGUUAACACCAUGGAGCAACAACAACAACAACCCCAACAACCUCAACAACCUCAACAACAACAAUCAACAGUUGGUGGUUUAUUCAAUUCAAUAUUAAAGAAACAACCAAACAACAAUGCAAACAAUGCACAAAGAUUAACAAGAGCCGAAGCAGAGUAUAAUGAAUAUUUAACAAAAUCAAAGAGUCAACGUUUCCCAGAGAUCGAGGCAUUGAAUUUCAUUUAUCCAGCUGGUAAAGAUAAUUUAGGUAGAACUAUUAUCGUUAUCAUUGCAUCUCAUUUACCAGUUAGAGAGAUGGAUAUGGAGAGAGUGUUAUUGUAUACCAUCUCCAUUAUGGAUCCAGUGGUAGAGGAGGAGUAUGUGUUGGUAUAUGUUCAUACCAAUAUGAACAAUUCCAACAAACCCUCAAUGGCAUGGAUGAAGAAAGUUUACACCAUCUUCAAUAGAAAAUAUAAAAAGAAUUUAAAGGGACUCUACAUUGUUCAUCCAACCACUUGGAUCAAAUUUACAUUGGGCAUUUUCAAACAUUUCCUUAGUAGCAAGUUUUGGAAAAAGUUAACCUAUAUCGAUGAUUUAGGUGAACUAUUUAAAACUUUCCCAAGAGAACAAUUGGCAUUACCAAAUGCUAUCAUGAUGCAUAGACCCGCUGGCAAGAAAUCACAACCAAUCUUUGGUGCACCAUUGGAAGAUGUUAUCAAUAGACCCGACAACCCUGGUGAAAUACCUGUUCUCUUUGAGAAAGGUAUUGCUUACCUAUCAAGAAGAGGUUUACAAGUUGAAGGUUUAUUCCGUCUCUCUGGUGCAAACUCUCAAAUUAAAUCAUUACGUCAAGGUUUCGAUCAAGGUGAAGAUGUUGAUCUUGAAGAUGUCGAAGAUGUUCAUACUGUAGCUGGUUUAUUAAAACUUUAUCUCCGUGAAUUACCAUCACCAUUAUUCCCUUUUGACCUUUAUUCUUCAUUUAUUGAAAUUUCAAAGGGUGAACAAACUAAACCACAAAAAGUUGAAAGUUUAAAACUUUUAUUAUCAUUGUUACCACCAGCCAAUAAGGCUUUAUCUAAGCAUUUAUUCAAAUUUUUAGGUAAAGUCAUUGAAAAUUCCAGUGUAAACAAAAUGAAUUCUGUAAAUUUAUCAAUCGUUUUCGCUCCAAAUCUAUUAAAAGAUAAAGAAGGAAAUGUAAUGGAUGCUGUAGCUGAUGCUCAAUUUGUAAAUCAAGUCGUUCAAUUAAUUUUGGAUAAUAUUAAUAUAUUAUUUAAUUAUUAA